GAAGUCUCCUCGCAAUCAAUACUGCCAACGCAUAUCCAAGAUGCACGAGACGCCGCCGGUGGUCAACGGGGACCAAACCAACAAACACCAUGUGGCAACGACACUAAAUUACUGGGACGAUCCAGGGAACGGCGCCCGCCCGACCCCGAUAUUUAUCGGAAAAGGUAGAAUCACGAACGAGCGGCCGCACCGUGCCCACAACUUCGUGGUGACCGACGUAAGCGGCGACGAAGACAAGUACUCGCUCGACAGCCAUGGAUUCCAAUACUGCCGCCAUGAGAGCCGCGAAAAAGAUUUCAUCGACGAGCAAUCAAUUCAAUCAGCCUACUACGAGGAAUGCAAGCAGCUUCUGAAGGACGUCACUGGGGCCAGCCGCGUCCGCAUCUUCAACCACAAGGUCCGCCGUGGACCAACGCAGUGGCAUCACCUGGGCUUCAACAACCUCAAGAACCGCGGGCCAGUCACAAGAACACACGUAGACCAAUCCUACGCUGGAGCAGAGCUGAGGCUGAGAUGGGAGUUCCCAAAUGAGGCAGACGAGCUGGUGAAGAGGAGGUAUCAGAUCAUCAACAUCUGGCGACCCAUCGAGACGAUUUUGAAGGAUCCCAUCGCCGUUGCCGAUGCAGAUUCAGUUCCGGACGUCGACCUCGUCGGGGCCGAGAUGACCGAAGACGACUUCAAGGGAGAGUCCUGGGUUGUUCGAUACAGCCCGAAUCAUCGGUGGUAUUACAAGCACCGGAUGACACCUCAAGAAGUGCUCCUAAUCAAGUGUUUUGAUUCGGACACCUCGGUGGCGCGGAGGUCGCUGCAUUCGGCCUUUGAGGAUCCUGCUCACCGUGACGGGGAGUCCCGGCAGAGCAUCGAGGUUAGGUGUUUAGUUUGCUACGAUGCUUAAACAACUCUUUGGCUGAGCAGAUUCUGUGUCUUCCCUUGAUGUCACAGAAAUGAUAUUGCCAGGCCGAAGGAAGAGGCUAAUCUUGCCGAUUUUGCCAUGUUGUAUAGUACCAAGGUGGGCUACAUAGCAAGCCCAGAUGCGGGGAGUGGUUUGGCAUGCACUGCAUGUGACUCGAAACGUGGCCUUGGCUGCUUCAGAUGUGCGAAUGAUAUUGCCAAGCUGAGGGGCAGAGGCUCUUGCCG